UACUACUAUAUUUUAUACUUGGUGAAAAACUGCAACCACCUUAAUCGUGCAUUAAGUUUAAUUUAACUAUGUCUUAAAUAUUUUUCAGGAUGGUUAUUUGUUUAAUAUACCGAACCAAUUUUUAAGUACCAUUCGUUCUUGUUUAGGCAUUGCAUUUAACAGGAAAAACGCUUGAAAAAUUAAAUGGAACUUAACAAUGAUAUGUCGACUAAUAAAUGUAUACUAUAACUAAUUGGAUACGUAUGGGUUACAAUAUCGACACCUUAUUUAGGUCACGUGUCCUAAUUUAUCAUGUGACAACGGUUCCCGCUGUGACAAAGACAUAUUAUGAAAAAUGUAUUUUAGAGAUAAGAGAAAAUAACACGCACAAGAAUAAAAUUCUUCAAACCUUUUAGUAUGAUCGAACGAUGGAGAUGGAAUAAAGUAACAAAUAUCUCACAAGACAUUAAGUUGGAAAGAAGCAUUACUAUUUCACUAAAUAGCAGAUAAGAUUAAAAGAAAAUUUUUAGGACAAAUCUGCUAGUGUUUUAUAAAAUGGUUUUUACGUUCGACAUUACCAUUCGCUCCAGGAUCAGAUGCGAGUUUUUUUCUCUAUUGCUGAUGGAUAUUAAUUAAAUCUGUUCAAUGCUUCCUCAUAGCAUACAUAUUUGAUUCACACGGAGUUGGAAAUAUAAUAAAAUAUUCAUUAAAAAUUGGAUUUUUAAAAUGGCGAGAAAACAAAAAUAUCAGCAACUAAGUUUAUUACUUAGCAUUUUACUAUUAAAUCUAAAAUAUAUGCAGUGUGAUAAUAGGAUACCACUAAAAUUAUCAUUUCUUGGCUCAACCAGCGGACAUGCUAAAUUAUUUGCCGGGGCUUAUUUUAUAGCACUGGAAUAUGUAAACAAUAAUUCGACUUUAUUGGAGGGAUAUAGGCUAGAGUUCUUAUAUAAUGAUACAAGAAUGAAUUCAUUAAAUGCAAUUAAUGCCAUGACAGAACACCAUAGGAAUAACACCGUUGGGUUUAUAGGUCCGGACGUUUCUUGUCAUUGCGAGUCUAACAUAGCGGCUGCAUGGAACCUGCCAAUGAUAGCAUAUAAAUGCCACGACUCUAAGUUUGGUAAACUAGAAAUGGAAAGCAAGUAUAGGCGGACAUUUGCACGGACACAACCAUCGACUUCAAAAGUGUCUAAAUCGAUCAUGUCUAUAUUGCAAUACUACGAAUGGAAACGGUUCACACUAGUUGUUGGUGCGUCAUCUAUAUGGAAUGAAACAGCUGAAAGCUUGAAAGACUUGUCCACGAAAAACAAUAUUUACGUGAACAAAGUGGCAUACUACAAAGAGCCUUAUUCGUUCAACCUCGAAAUGUACUAUCUGGUUGAAUCGACUCAUAAAGAUACUAGAAUCUACGUUUUUCUCGGCGACAUCCAUGCUCUAAUUGACUUCAGCAGACUUUUGAAGGCCAUGUUACACGAUUCAAUUUCCGAAUAUGUUGUCAUUGCCGUAGAUGAACGAUUCUAUAAAGACGACCCCGCGGAAUAUCUUAUUAAAAAGCCGUUUGAGAACGAAACUGCAUUGACUAUAAAGAAUAUUCAAUCGUUCGAAACAGUUUUAUUAUUGGUUCCACGACCACCAGAAAACAACAAAACUGAAGAGUUCUUUCAGCAAGUUAGGGAAAGGAACACCGAGCCACCAAUUUCCUCCAAUCUUCGACCUAUUUACAAUGGAAUUCCUGUGUUGGUGCCAGUUUAUGCGGCUUACUUGUAUGACGCAGUAUAUACGUAUGCACGCGCUCUAGAGGAAGUUCUGAAGGAAGGCGGAAAGCCAAACAACGGAACAGCAAUUAUAGACAAAAUACGUGAUCGAUCCUUCAAAAGUAUUCUAGGCUAUGACGUUUACGUUGAUAUAUACGGUGACGCGGAAGGUAAUUAUACGUUAUUAACAUUUGACGUACAUCGAGAUGAAGGAGGGGUUGAGCUUGUUCCGGCGGGAAAUUUCAGCAUGACUAGAAACGGUACAGGAAUUCCGUCUCUACACCUGUUCAAAAAUAUUAAAUGGAAGAACGGGAAGCCACCGCCUGACCGACCGGCUUGUGGAUUUCAUGGAGAAAAGUGCAUACAAGAGUUUGAAUGGCGAAUCCUCGCAGUAUGUAUUGUUGUUGCGGUCAUUUGUCUCAUUGCAGGUGGUUUCUUUCUUCGACAUUAUCUGUACGAACAGAAACUGGCUAGAUUAUUGUGGAAAGUGGAUUUUAAAGACAUUGUUUUGGUCGAUUCUGUAGAUGACAUUAUACCGCCGACAAGGAAAAAGAGAAAACGGUCCAAAAAUCAACCGUUCAAAUUCAUAUUUUCCUACGAAAGUGAAUCGGAGCGUUCCAUUCUAUUAGAGGAAAGUAAGCGCGAGCGUUCCACGUGCAGUGACACAAAUAAACGUAAUCUGAUUGGCUCGUUCAAAGGUACGAUUGUAGCUGUGAAGCAUAUUAUUAGAAAGAGCGUAGAAAUUGACAGAGAUAUGAGAAAACACCUUCAACUGAGAAAAGAACUAAACCAUGACAACAUUGCGAGAUUUCUUGGGGCUUGUGUUGACGUGCCGCAUAUAUACAUUCUAACACAGUACUGUCAAAGGGGAAGUCUUCAUGAUAUAUUACAAAAUGAAGACUUUAGUCUUGACGACAUGUUUAUUUCUUCACUUGUAUCGGACCUUUUAAAGGCGAUGAGUUUUAUUCAUGAUAGCGAAAUUGGUAGCCAUGGCAACCUCAAGUCAAGUAACUGUGUAAUAGACGCUCGUUGGGUGUUAAUGGUCUCGGACUUCGGACUUCAUAAACUGGAUAAUGAGCGAUCGGACAGCAUCACAGAUCGGGAUAAAUACUAUGAUAGAUUACUAUGGAAAGCUCCCGAACUAUUGCGAAGCAGUGUUAGGGAAGUGUGUGGUACACAAAAAGGCGAUGUGUACGCUUUUGCUAUAAUAUUAUACGAAAUGAUGGGACGAAACGGACCGUGGGGAGAAACACAGUAUUCAAGUCGAGAGAUUAUAGACAUUAUAAAGCAAGGAGAUAAGGACUUACGACCGGAUCUGACGAGAGUUAAAUGCGAAACGUUUGUGAAAGAUUGUAUUGAGGAAUGCUGGCGCGAAGAGCCCGAGCACCGACCAGAUUUUAAAACAAUUCGCUUCCGGUUGAAACAUAUGCUUCAGGGAAUUAAAUCAAAUAUAUUUGACAACAUGCUGGACAUGAUGGAGAAGUAUGCAACCAAUCUCGAGAAUUUGGUAGCUGAGAGGACAGAAUUGCUAUCUGAAGAGAAGAAAAUGACAGAAAAUCUCUUGCUUCGAAUGUUACCGGUGUAUGUUGCAGACAGAUUAAAGAGAGGGGAGCCAGUUGUUCCGGAAUUGUAUGACUGUGUGUCUAUCUAUUUUUCUGAUAUUGUAGGCUUCACUGCCUUAUCUGCUGAAAGCACGCCAAUGGAGGUUGUAUGUAUGCUGAACGAACUUUACACAUGUUUUGACGCCAUCGUGGAAAACUAUGACGUGUACAAAAUAGAAACAAUCGGUGACGCAUACUUUGUCGUAAGCGGACUACCAUUACGUAAUGGAAAUCUUCACGCCGGUGAGAUUGCUUCAAUGUCAUUACACAUGCUUCGAGAAAUCAUGAACUUUAAAAUCAGCCAUCGUCCAUCAGAUACUCUAAAACUCCGUAUAGGAAUCCAUUCAGGCCCAUGUGUAGCUGGCGUCGUUGGAUUGAAAAUGCCGAGGUAUACGAUAUUUGGUGACACUGUCAACACUGCGUCACGAAUGGAAUCUACCGGUGUCCCAUUGAAGAUACACUGCAGUUCUACAAUUACUCAGAUACUUCGAGAACUCGGUGGUUAUCAACUUACUGAACGAGGAUAUAUAACUGCAAAGGGUAAGGGGGAAAUGCUGACCUACUUUUUGGAGGGAGAAAACGAAUCACAUAGGCAACGACGAAUAUCCCACUCCAAGUUUUCCCGCUCAAAUUCUCCAAACGUCGACAGUAGAGACAUUUUUGGUCAGCCAACAAUUCACCAAAAAUACUGGCAAAACGGGUCAAUUCCUUCUCCGACAAAAGACUUAGAUAAUGCGCCAUUCCAAAACUGUGAUAUUGUAAGACAUGAAUAUGAAAACAUGAAAAAGCAAAGCUGUGAUUCUGAUACAAACUUUGAUGAUAUAUUUAACGCAUAUUUUGAUGGAAGUUCUGAUGAAGGUGCAUCAACCUCUCACCAUACCAAUAAGGCAUAUAGCGAACAAUGUAUCCAUAAACGACCAAAGCAAGACAAAAACAGAUCGACAGCAGAUCGACAGCAAAGCGUUAAUCUUCCAUUAUUGUCAUGCAACGGUGGUACAAACUAUAUUCAUGAUGAUAAAAACAAUGGAGGAUUCAGGAAAAAUACUAAACUUGAACUGUCAAGGAAUGUGUCAUGUCCGACAUAUAGUAUUGUAGAGGAAGACACUGUGUAAUAUUAGCUUGCUCUCGCCUAUAUGUGAAAAUAUGAUCAACUAGAUCUAACUAAUUUAUUUUGAAUAAAUAUUGUUAAGUGUGUUCUAAUGUAUAAAAAACAAAUGACCGGUAUGUAUUUCUUAUAAAAGUAGCAGAGGGAUUUACAUAUCAAAUAUAUGCUUGACCAAAUAUGUUUAAAAGUUGAUAUGAUACCAUAUCGUCUGAAAAUAAAUUCUGAAAUAUCUGAACUGUUACCACACUAAAUUUUUUAAAUGGACUUGUUUAU